AUGUCUUAUCCAGGCCUUGUUAGCGGCACCGGCCGCAAUAUCGACAUGACUAAAUCCGAAUCCGAGCUUGCCGUCAACAUCCGCAAAGCCACCAGUAUCGAGGAGACGGCUCCUAAACGUAAACAUGUCCGGAGCUGCAUCGUCUACACCUGGGACCACAAGUCCUCCCUGUCCUUCUGGGCCGGCAUGAAGGUCCAGCCAGUUAUGGCUGACGAAGUGCAAACCUUCAAAGCCCUUAUCACCAUCCACAAGGUGUUGCAGGAGGGUCAUCCUGUUACAGUCAAAGAGGCCCAACAGAAUGUCAAUUGGAUCGAGAGCUUGGCCAGAGGCGUUACUGGUGAGGGUCUGAGAGGGUACGGCCCGUUGAUUCGGGAAUAUGUCUUCUUCCUGCUGGCCAAACUAGCUUUCCACCGGCAGCAUCCCGAGUUCAAUGGCCUGUUUGAAUAUGAAGAGUACAUCAGCUUGAAAUCCAUCAACGACCCUAACGAGGGCUACGAGACCAUUUCGGACUUGAUGACUCUGCAGGAUCAGAUCGACACCUUCCAGAAACUCAUCUUUUCGCAUUUUCGGGGCGGCGCGAACAACGAGUGUCGAAUCGCAGCCCUGGUCCCCUUGGUGCAGGAAAGCUAUGGCAUCUACAAGUUCAUCACGAGCAUGCUGAGAGCAAUGCACACGACCACCGGCGAUGACGAGGCCCUGGAACCUUUGCGAACACGGUACGACGGUCAACAUUAUCGGUUGAUCAAGUUCUAUUACGAGUGCUCCAACCUGCGCUACCUGACCUCUCUGAUUACAGUGCCCAAGUUGCCCCAAGACCCGCCAAACCUGCUCGCCGAAGAAGAGGAGCGUCCCGCUCUGCCCAAGCGCCCCACGAAAGAGAUCGAGAAGGCGCCCACGCCUGUCCCCAAGAAUGGCACCCCGGACCCCAAGGAUAUGGAAGAUUUCUGGUCGAGGGAGGCUCAAAAACAACAAGAGGCUUACGAGGCCGAGCAGCGCCGGUUGCAGCAGGAGUGGGAAGACCAACAACGCGAGCAACUCAGGAUGCAGCAGCAGGCUCAACAGGCAUUUGAGGAGCAGCAAAGAAUGCAGGCUGAACAACAGCGGUUGGCGCAGGAACAGUUGAUGCGCGAUCAAAUGCAAGCUCAGACUCAAGGGCGGAUGGCCGAACUCGAACGAGAGAAUCUGGCCGCCCGCGCGCAGUACGAACGAGAUCAACUCAUGCUGCAGCAGUACGACCAAAGGAUGAAAGCGUUGGAAGAACAGCUUCAACAACUCAACAACAACUUCCAGAUGCAAUCGCAGUCCAAAGAUGACCAGAUUGCCGCCCUACAAGAACAGGUCAAUACUUGGCGGCACAAAUAUGAAGCAUUGGCGAAACUGUACUCGCAGCUACGACAGGAACAUCUGGAUCUUCUGCAGACCACCAAAUCGCUCAAACUCAAGGCCGCUUCGGCUCAGGAGGCCAUCGACCGACGAGAACGUUUGGAGCGUGAAAUGAAGUCCAAGAAUCUCGAACUGGCUGACAUGAUCCGCGAACGCGACCGGGCAUUGCACGAGAAGGAUCGUGUCCAAGGCGGACAUCGCGAGGAAGUGGAGAAGUUGAAGCGCGAGCUGAGACUCGCCAUCGAACGAGCCGAAGAAGCUGAAAAGGCCAAGGGCUCGGAACUGUCUUCGAUGCUGGCCAAAUACAAUCGUGAAAUGGCCGACCUGGAAGAGGCUCUGCGCAACAAGACGAGACAGCUCGAGGAGAUUCGUUCAAAGCAUGGUGACCGCAACGUCGACCAUGAACAAGCACUCCGCGAGAAGGACGAGGAGAUCGAAAUCUACAAGUCCGGGAUGGAACAAGCCCUGGAGGAGUUGGAAGAGCUCAAGCUAGGCAGCAAGGAGACCGAUGGCGCACUCGAUGGAGCGAUCGACGAAGUGAUCAAGGCCAACAUCAACAAGAUCAAUGACAUUAUCGAUUCGGUUUUACAGAGUGGCGUGCAGAGAGUAGAUGAUGCCAUGUACGAGCUCGACUCGCCCAUGCAGGCAGGUAACCAGAAUGCAACCGCGCCUUAUGUGCUGUCGCAGAUUGAAAAAGCGUCUGCCAGCGCGACCGAAUUUUCGACUGCGUUCAACAACUUCGUGGCAGACGGACCGAACAGCGACCACUCAGAAAUCAUCAAAACAGUCUCCGUCUUUGCGGCAUCCAUCGCCGACGUGUUGUCCAACACCAAGGGUCUCACUCGAUUUGCCACGGAGGAAAGAAAGGGUGAUCAGUUGAUUGACGCCGCCAGACAGGCUGCGCUCGCGACAAUCGCCUUUUUCCGCAAUCUGCAGUCGUUCCGAUUGGAAGGCCUUGAGCCCAUGCAGAAGAGCGAUGUCGUGAUCAACAACAACCAUGAUGUCCUGAUGAAACUUCAGAAGCUUUCGAAACUGGCGGAUGCAUUCGCACCCAAGAGUAGCAAGCUCAGCACCACGGGGGAUCUCGGUGAUCUGGUGGAUUCCGAAUUGACCAAGGCUGCCAAUGCCAUUGACGCGGCCGCUCAGCGUUUGGCCAAGCUGAAGAACAAACCGCGGGACGGAUUCUCGACAUAUGAGUUGAAAAUCAACGAUUCUAUUCUCGACGCCGCUGUGGCCGUUACCAACGCUAUUGCACAACUGAUCAAGGCGGCCACCGAUUCGCAGAACGAGAUUGUGCGCGAAGGCCGUGGAUCAUCGUCUCGGACCGCUUUCUACAAGAAGAACAAUCGCUGGACUGAAGGAUUGAUCUCGGCCGCUAAGGCGGUGGCUACGUCAACCAACACAUUGAUCGAGACGGCAGACGGGGUGAUUAGUGGUCGCAAUAGCCAUGAGCAGCUGAUCGUGGCAUCCAAUGAUGUUGCUGCAAGCACGGCGCAACUGGUUGCAGCCAGUCGUGUCAAGGCCAGUUUCAUGUCCAAGACCCAAGACCGUCUGGAACAGGCAUCGCGGGCCGUCGGUUCGGCUUGCCGUGCGCUGGUCCGACAGGUCCAGGAUAUUAUCAAACAGAAGCAGCAGGACGAGGGUGACAAUGUCGACUAUGCCAGUCUCAGCGGCCACGAAUUCAAGGUGCGCGAGAUGGAGCAACAGGUCGAAAUUCUGAAACUGAGAAAUGCUCUCGACGCUGCCCAAGCCAGAUUGGGCGAAAUGCGCAAGAUCUCGUACCGAGAGGACUGA